AAUGACUAUGUUAGAGAGAGAUCUUUUAAGCUGAAUCAAGACUGAUAAAAUUAUUAUUGUUACUGUAGAUUUUCUAAGCAAUUAUUUUGUCAACUUAAUGAAUUGUGAAUUUAUCUCAGAUUAUACACAAAUAGUAAAGCAUGGAGUUGAACUGUGCAUUCACAUCACUGAUCCUACUGAUAAACAUUCAAGGCUAUCUAACCUUACCAUACAAUUUAACAGUGAAGUGUGAACCGCAGAACAUUUGUGCAUUAAGGGAGGACAGUGUGUCACUGAAGUGUUUUUACUCUGACAUCAACAUCACAAACGUGUUCUGGAUCAGUCAGAAACAGAGAACAAACUGGAGAAACAAAGAUGAACCUGAAGAUUUGACUUUAGAUUCAGAUUACUCAGGACGAGUGGAUCAGUGGAUCACUAAAGAUUACUCAAUACUCAGAAUAUAUCAUCUGAAAGAGAGAGACAGUGGAGAAUAUCAGCUCAUGUUCAUUAUGAAGGAUGGAGUUAAACAUCUCAGCUCAGUCACAGUCAAUCUAACAGUCACAGGUACAUUUACAUUCACAUCAGUCCAGUUAAGAUUUUCUUCAUUUGUAAAUGUUAAUGUUUCUCUGUGUUUUACUUUAUUCAGUGCUGCAGGUGAAGAUUCAUCAGGAAUCUACAAAGAAAAAUCAGAAAUUAAAACUUACUUGUGACACCGCCUGUAUUUUAACCUCGAGACCUAAACAUAUCUACUGGAGAAAAGAUGGACAACAUCUAAAAGAACAUGAAUCUUAUAUCUUAGAGACUGUGUCAUCUGCUGCCUACUCAUGUUUUCUUAAUGCAGAAAUCUCUGCCCCAGUGUGUCUUUCUAACAGUAGCUGUUGGGGUGUGACUUACACCUCUAGAAGAGUUUGUGCUUUAGUGGGAUCAACAGUAGAUAUUCACUCUUCAUACUCACAUCCAACUGGAGAUACAGUAGAGAAAACAUACUGGCAUUACCUUUAUACUGGGAAAUUCAGAGAUCUGCGUGAGGAUCAUCAGUUUGCUGGUCGUGUGGAGUAUAUAAACAACACACUGAGAAUCAAAGAUGUCAACAUGAGCGACGCUGGUGAAUAUCGAUUCAGGAUCAUCACUAACACAAACUCUUACUCUGGUUCACCUGGAGUCAUUCUCACUGUUACAGGUACAAAGGUGAGAAGCAGCCCAGACCCUGUGAUAGAUGGAGAAAAAGUGAUAUUAAGCUGUUCAACUAAAUGCACUCUGGAUAACAAACAUACUUACAUCUGGUAUAAGAAUGGACAACAGGUAACAGAUGGAUUGACAUUAUUAAACAAGCUGUACCUGGACUCAAUCAACAGUGAGGAGCUACAAGAGUAUUCCUGUACUGUAAGAGGUAACACAACAUCUCAUCAUACAUCUGAUGAAAUUAUAUAAGAGUCCUUGAAGUUAUGUUCUGAAUUUUCUGGGGGUUGUCUUUCUUCAGAUACAA